AUGAAGCUCACCGCUGUCUCCCUGUUGGUUCCCAUUCUGGCAUACCUAGAAACUGCCUCUGCUCAGACUGAUGCAGGCUGUGCAGCCUCAGUCAUUUUCAAUCAAUGUCUUCGAAACCAAGACAUUUAUAUCAAGACAUGUUCUGGUCAAGACUACACGUGCCUGUGCAAGUGGCACACAACAAAGUUAUCUUGUUGGGACAAUUGUCAAAAUGAUGUUUCAAGAGGUUCACAAGAAGGUCUAAAAACCACCUUUUGUUCUAUUGCAGCCCCGAUUAACGCAACUGUAUCAUCUAUCGGAUCUGCAUUACCAACAGCUUCACAAGCACCAAGUAGUAGCAGCAAUGGUAGCGGAAGUAAGAGUGGCAAUGUUGCUAGCCUGUCGCCUUCAGCAGCCGGACCUAUCAAAAUUCCCAGUGCAGCCACAGCAGCCGGAUCUCUGCCUUCUCUUGGUAGCACAAAGAACAGCAAUGGCACUACUGGGACUAACGGUGGAGGUGGCAAUGUCAAUAAGACCAGCCAUUCGGGCGCAAUGAGCCUUGAGUCCGGUCCGGUGUUUGGUGUGAUAGUUGCUGUCACUUGCUAUUGGUUUCUCUUGUAAG